AUGAUUCACGAAUAUGUGCUGUGGCUACUCGACGUUCUUUCACUCUCCGCAACGGCUUUUGUUGUCUUGUUCUCUUCUCCACCGGAAAACUAUUUCACCAUUCACCCACUCUUUGCUUCUGUAAGUGUCCUAAUUAUAAUGCCCCUGGGUGUCCGUUUAAUGGAUAAGCGUGUUCCAUUUUUUAAUAUGCGUUCUACGUACAUGCGGACAAAAUGGCAUUGGAUUGUCCAGAGCAUCUCGAUUGUGCUUCUCUACACUGCUGUUGCCGCGGUUUAUUUGAACAAGAUUCAAGGCGGUAAACCACAUUUUACCACCUGGCAUGGAUGUUGCGGUCUCCUUUCUGUCCUUUUUGCAACUACCCAAAUACUUGCCGGAUUUUGGUUAGAUUGGAGCCUGUGGCCUAUUCGCCGCUGGCUCUCAUUUUGCAAAGCUCGCUUGUCCCAUAUGUACUCGGCUGUUUGUUUGCUUAUCAUGACCAGUAUCACGGCAGUUCUUGGAUUACAGUCCCAAUGGUUCGAACUUCAGCUAUCAAGUGCCAUGGUGUUUUCCGGCCUUAUACGUGUGUGGCUACAGGUCAAACGUGUUGGAGUAUCUCCCGUCCCUGCAAAGUUCACCACAAAAUCCCUCCAUGGGUCAGAGUGA